UCGGGGGCGGGCGCCGCGGGACCUCGCCGGGCCAUGGCACCCCCUGUCGGUGGGAAAAGGAAACAGGAGGACAGGGACCCCCUGGACCCAGCAGCAUCCCCUGAAGCCGACGGCGAGCCGAGCGGGAACCAGAGCCCCGUCCUGCUGGAGGUGAGCUGGGCAGCCCCCGGGCUCCUCUCCACGCCCCCCAGCCCAGGCUCAGCCUCCCAGUGAUGGUGGGGAAUCUCCGAGCUCUCGGAAGGCGGAAACGCAGAGGUCCAGCCAGGAGAGGGGCCCGGCCGGCCACGCGGGACAGGGCCCGUCGCCCAUGGCAGCGGGUUCCAGGCUUAUUUUUAGUAUUGUUAGCAGCGGAGCCUUUUUCCAAGGAAGAUUUUCAUGGUCGCCUUGGCCCAGAUCUACAGAACAGGCGCAAACACUGUCUGUGGGGCUCGGCUCCGUUUCCACCCGUCCGCUCACAUGCCUGUCGCCGCCACGCGCGGUCGCUCGGUGAGACCCCGAGGCCCUGCCCGUGAGCGCAGAGUUGGAAACGGGGACUGCGGGUGACAUUUGCGGAGCUCUGUCGGCCUUAGGAUCCGGUUCCUUUCAGCCAUUUGCUUCGUGGCACGAUCUGCAGUCAAAACCCAGAGUCAUGGAGAAAAGCAGCUGUGAAUGGUGCCGGUUUUCCCCGGUUGGCCUGGACUUCACCGAGGAGGCCCGGGAGAGCCGGUUCGGUGGGGUGAGGUGUGGAGGGAGACCCGUCUCAAGUUCAAGUUUCCCGUGUAACACGUACAUUUGCGUGCUGCUUAUAAGCACAGCACAUCGAACAGCUAAAAAUGCCAUCCUGGCGCUUGAGUCACGCAUCUUCAGUACACAUGGUGGCACCGUUCUCUGCUGAGAGGACCCCCCCGAGGGCGAGCGGGAGGAGGAGCAGGCCUUCCUGGUCAGCCUCUACAAGUUCAUGAAGGAGCGACACACGCCCAUCGAGAGGGUGCCCCACCUCGGCUUCAAGCAGAUUAACCUGUGGAAGAUUUACAAGGCGGUGGAGAAACUGGGGGCCUAUGAGCUGGUGACCGGCCGCCGCCUCUGGAAGAGCGUGUACGACGAGCUGGGGGGCAGCCCGGGCAGCACCAGUGCGGCCACCUGCACGCGCCGCCACUACGAGAGGCUGGUCCUCCCAUACGUGCGGCACCUGAAGGGGGAGGACGACAAGCCGCUGCCCCCCUGCAAGCCCAGGAAGCAGUACAAGAUGGCCAAGGAGCCGCGGGGGGACGACGGGGCCACCGAGGGGCCGAAGAUGGCCAAGGAGGACCAGACGCUGCCAGGGAGGACCAAAGCAGAAGCCGCCGACCCCGCUCGGGCCCUCCGCCAGGAGACCCCAAGGACCAGCAGUGAGCAGCUACGCCCGGACGCCGGGCCUGCUCUGCCCGUGGUGGGGGCUGGCGGCUGCCCCGAGCCCUACACACGCCUGCUGUCCAGCUUCUACGGCACAGGGGCGCACGGUGUCAUGUCUCCGCUGGCCAAGAAGAAGCUUCUGGCCCAGGCAAGCCAGGCCGAGGCCUUGCAGUGCCCGGAGGGCAGGGAGCCCCACGGCUCCCCAGGUACUCGUCCCUCGGAGCGUCCCCAAAGCCCAGGAGGGCCGGCCGAGCACGGUGGGCCCCGAAGGACACCCCCAGAGGCAUCACAGGGCCCCGGGGGCAGCCCGGGGGAGGAGGCCCAGGCAGGCCCCUGCCCGCCAGCCCCCGUCUUCACGGGCUGCUUCCACACCUGCCCCACUGAGGUGCUGAAGCCCAUCACCAAGCACCCCCGGGACUUCUUCCCCAGCCUGAAAGAUGGGGUGCUGCUGGGGCCCUCCAGCAGGGAAGAGGGACCGCUGGCCAGAGGGCCCCCGCGGGUGUGGGGCGGGGAUGCCAGCCGCCCCUCCGCUUUCCGCCGAGGUGGCUCCAGGACAGGCGGCCCCUACCCCAGGCCCAAAGCCUGCUGGGUGGCCCCCAUGGCCCAGGCCUCUGCCGACAGCCCCGCGCCCCCAGCCCCCUGCCCCAGCGGCUCAGGCCUCGGGGGCAAGCGCAGCCUGGAGGAGGAGGGCCUGGCGCAUGGGGGCAAGAAACUGCGGGCCGUGUCCCCCUUCCACAAGGAGCCCGGGGCCAAGCUCGCAGGGCCCGGCCUGGCUGCCUCCUGCCUGCUGGGCCCAGCCCUGGCGCCCGCCCCCCCGGUGGCCUACCGGGGCGCCAUGCUGCGCUGCCCUCUCAACUUCGCCCCUGACCCCCUGAAGGGCCAGGCUGCACUCCCUCUCGGCCCGCUGGUGAUCCCAGCCUUUCCGGCCCACGUUCUGGCUGCCACGGGACCCUCGCCCGUGUCUGCUGGCCUGGUGCCCUUCCCGCCAGUGCCCCUCGACAGCGCUCUCCGCCACAGACUUGGCCCCACCACGGCCUGGCACCUGCCCCCAGCCACGGCCUACAUGGCACCUCACUUCUUCCACCUCAACACCAGGCUGUAGGCCCAAGCCGGGCGCUGGGCUGGGAGGGUGCGACACCGCCCCGAGGAACGGGGAGCUCCUGGGGCUCAGGCUGUGCCCUGCACUGGAACAUGCUCUGGCACCGGGGACCCAGCCUUGGCCAGGCCUGGGGAGGAGGUGGUCCAGGGCUGGGGGUUCCCAGCUGGAGCCCAGAGCCGAGGCCAGGAGCAGGGUGAGCACUGAGGAGCCAGCAGCAGCUCAGGCCUUCCUUGUCCACCAGAAACCCAAUAAAGAGCCGCCAGUGUGAA